AUGUCCAAGAGUAUAGAUUAUGAUAAAGCUUUAGAAUACUGGGCUGAAAUCCCAGCUACAGUUGAUGGAGUGCUUGGUGGUUUUGGAUAUAUAUCAAAUAUGGAUAUAAUUGGUUCUACACAAUUCCUUAAUAUUCUCUUCUCACAAGAAAAUGGUCCUGGAAGACAAAUCGCACUCGAUUGUGGUGCUGGAAUUGGUAGAAUUACAAAACAUUUGUUAGCGCCCCAUUUUAAUGAAGUAGAUGUGAUUGAACCAGAUAAAAAGUUUCUAACUGAACUAUUGAAUUACGUGGGAGAAGAUAGUAAGAAAGUAGGAACUUUAUAUAACAGUAGCUUGCAAAAUUUUCAGCCAGAAAGAAAGUAUGAUGUUAUUUGGAAUCAAUGGGUCUUAGGCUAUUUAAAAAAUGAAGAUUUAGUGUCUUAUCUCAUUACUUGCAGAAAAUCUUUGACCAAAAAUGGAGUAAUCAUUGUUAAAGAAAAUGUAACAUCAUCGGGCUUUACAGAACCAGAUGAAGCAGACUCAUCAAUUACAAGAUGCUUAAAGCAAUAUAUCACAAUAUUUAAAAAAGCAAAUUUAAAAAGAAUUAAACAAUGUAAACAAACUAAUUUCCCAAAUGGAAUAUAUCCUGUUUACAUGUUUGCUCUUAUUCCAAACGAAGAUCAUAGUUCUGAUCAAUAA